AUGGCGACAAAUAUUACUGUUCCAUAUGUCGCAAUUGGCGACUUCGACUGGGGUUUGAAUCUGGCAUCUUCGGUCCCUUUACCUUGGAAUCAGACUAUCUGGUCCCUAGUUGCAGUCUUCACCGCACUUCCUCUAUGGAUGACCCUCGAACUCACCGUUUCGGUCCUCUAUGUCUUUCGGCGCUGGUCCGGUUUAUAUUUUUGGGCCGUGCUUGUCACAACAUGGAGCAUCUCCUUACACGCAAUUGGCUUUCUACUGUCGUACUGCGUUCCUUCCUGCAACUGGAUUGCCAGCUCUCUCAUAACUGAAUUUGGAUGGGCCGGAAUGGUAACCGGAUUUUCGCUCGUCCUAUACUCGCGAUUGACUCUUUUGAGCUUUGUCAUGCGCAACCGUCACAUUUCGAGAAUUGCACUGGGCAUGAUCACCACGGAUGCGAUAUUGUUCCAUAUACCGACAUUUGUGGUUUUCAUGGUUGGUAUCUCAAGUCCGGCUAAUUUUGUAAAGUAUGUUCCAUACAUGAACAUCGUCGAACGCAUUCAGAUCGUCAUGUUCUCUGUUCAGGAACUCAUCCUCAGCGGACUAUACAUUUACGGGACUUUCAAAAUGGCGCAGGAUUCUUUCAAUAGCCGUAUUCGCAGAACGAUCGCAUUGCUUAUCACUGUACAGAUUAUAGCUAUUUGUUGCUCUGCACUGCUCAUCAUAUUGGAUUUUGCGGGUUAUUAUAUCCUCAAGUCCUUUAUUCACUCCUUUGUCUAUGCGAUCAAGCUGCAGCUAGAAUUCGUCAUUCUGAAUGAAUUUAGACAUCUUGUUACUCAACCCAAGUCGGGAUCAGGAACAGACGAGCAAGAUUUGAUGAUGGGACCGAAUAAUUGCGCCAUGCUUUCGUUUUUGAAGAAAGGGGAUUCGUCGCCGGGAGGACGAAAUAAUGAAACAGAUUUGGGGAUUCAGGCUGUUUGA